GGUGCCCCCGAUGGUUCACCACGCAAGCCAUGCGAAGCAACUGGAGCUCAGAUAUCCAUUGGUAUGAUGUUGCAUGCUACUUGCACGUGUAAUUUGCCCAAAAUUGUGCGAAGAACAUAUCGAGGAAAAUGCAACGGAUUGUGAAACCAAAAACCCAGCGUGCCAAACGUGCCCUGGAAAAGAGAGAAGCAAAGAUUGUGGAGAACACAAAGACGUGUACAUUCAUACGCGGUGGGAACACAAGUGAGACUGUCACAAGAGCUUUGAAAGAACUCUACACUCUGAAGAAAACAAAUGGAAUUAUGAUGCAAAGGAAAAACAUGAUGAGGCCUUUUGAAGACAGGUCACAGUUGGAACAUUUUGCUAAGAAGAACGAUUCUUCCCACUUCCUAUUUGGCAGUCAUUCUAAGAAAAGACCUCACAAUUUAGUUUUUGGAAGAAUGUUUGACUAUCAGGUACUAGACAUGAUGGAGCUAGGAAUUGACAAAUUCACAUCUAUGUAUGAGAUCAAGAAUGCAAAAUGUACCUCUGGCACGAAACCAUGUCUGGUAUUCUCAGGGGAAUCCUUUGAAUCGGAACCUGAGUACAAGAGACUCAAGAAUCUUUUGAUUGAUUUUUUUCGUGGACCUGUGGUACCAAACAUACGCCUUGCAGGACUAGAACAUGUAAUUAGCGUGACAGCAAUCAGUGGAAAAGUCUUGCUCAGAAGCUACAGAGUCUUGCUGAAGAAGUCUGGUAGCAAAACCCCAAGGGUGGAGUUGGAGGAAAUUGGUCCAUCGAUGGAUUUGGUGCUGAGAAGAAGUCAUCUGGCAUCAUUGGACCUUUACAAGCAAGCUAUGAAGAAACCCAAACAGCUCAAGCCCAAGAAAAAGAAAAAUAUCAAACACGAUGUCUUCGGCACCAAGCUUGGCCGUAUCCACAUGGAGUCUCAGGACUUUGAUAAGCUACAAACCAGAAAGAUGAAGGCUCUAAAAAGACAGAAGCCAGCAGAUGACAAGAAAGAGAAUAACAAGGAAGUAGAGAGUAAGAAAUCCAGAACUGAUGAUGAUGCUGCCAGAGAUGGGAAGAGUAUGACUUGAAGUUCCAAGUCAAAUACUAAAGACUCACUUAUCUCGUAGACCCCAUGAUCACAAGACUUCUUUCUUUCUUUCAUACCAUGAAUCUCCUGCUAAAUCCAGUAGUCAACUUUCGAGAGGUAUUGGUGGAUUCACUGCAGUUCCAGCUUUCUGAGGUACUUGGAAUAGUUGCUAAAAGAAUAACCUUUAGAGGAAAACACGAAGUCUCUGAAGCAGUAUUUAGUAUUCCUCGGUCCCUAUUUCCAAUAAGUCGCUUGGCAAAUCUUACAAAUCCACCUCCCAAUAUGCAGAUGAUUUUACGUGAUCCUGGAAGUCAUUUCAAGCUGUAAAUGAAUCCACUAGAGUACAUGUAUAUUUAGUUGCUUAUGAACUGAAAAAUCUGCCAUGAAGUCUCAGGUAUUUUUCUGGCACAGCAAAGAUUGAUGUGCAUUAUACAUGUAAAUACAAGGUGGAAGUAUUUAUGCCACGACAUUUUUUCAUAUAAAAACCAGUUUACUUUGUCACUUCUGUUCAUUUUGAUAUUGAUGCUGUUUUCCUUUUACUCAAAGAUUUUCCUUGAUUGUAAACUAAAUUAAUGGAAAAAUAAAUCAGUCUGUAAGCAUGCAGCUUGGCAUUUAGGCCGAUAA